AAAUAAACAAAUAGUUUCUGUAAUCUUUAGUUGCCGCAUAGCGCGCAAUCAUUUUAAUCAUAAUAAAAACUACAAACGUAGCAAGUGCUCAAGUGGGGGAAAACACUCAUACAAUAUUUUACUGGGAAUAUUCUAACAAUCACAAAAAAUUAUAUUUGCUCAUUUGAAUAGUUAUAAAACGGGAUUAUUUUUUUGGUGGGAUUGGAAUCGGUUGUUUUGUGUACAAGAAAAAAAAAAGGAAAAACAGUGCUCCAUGAUGAAGUAGAUUUUAGAUAAUAGAUAUAGUGCCUUUUUCAUCGAAAAAUUCAUCGAAAAUUCAUUGUGAUAAAAAUUCUAUUGUGUGUGGAUUUUUAAUAAAUUUUUUUAUUUUUAUUUUGUUUUAUAACAACAACAAAAAAACUUUUCUCUUCUCAAAAAUGAUGCUCAAAAAAUUUGAAAUUUGUAUACUUUUUGUAUGUUUGGCUUGUGUACAUUUUGUGGAUGGUAUGGAAGAAGAUUGCGUUGAUUUUCAAGGACAAACAGUGGCGCAUGGCUUAUUGUAUGUACCGGGUCCUGCCGUUUGUACGAUGUGUGUAUGCUACCAUUCUGAACCAAUGUGGUGUAAGGCAAUUUACUGCAAUCCACCAUAUUUUUGUCGUAAAUUUCGUGUUGGCGAACGAUGCUGUGAAUUUGUAUGCUUAGAUCCACCCGGCGAUGAAGCCUUCUUACAAUUGGAACGUUAUCGUAAAAAAUUAGCAAUGCAAUCAAGUCGAUCCGCUUCAAUCAAUCAAUUAUCACAUACAAAUUAUACUUUAUUAAUUGGUUCAUUAAUAUUUACAAUAAUUAUACAUAAAUAUUGGCAUGUAGGCAAAGAACAAUGACCCUCAUUCAAUUAUUAUUU